AGGUGUUUUUCACUACAAAUACCAGGAGUUCAGCAUUUAAUCAGUCAAAUUUGAUAGGGUAGCUUCGUAUGAAUCACUUGCUGUCCUAUACUGUUGACGACAUUAUCAGCAAUGAUUCGGUAUCCAAAACAGAAGCCUGAUAACAUGGCCCGAGUAAUCCCCCGCCGAUCGGGUUCUCGUGAUAAGGAAAGCUUACAGACAUUUCGAUAAAAUCACUAGUAAAUAAUUUUCCAAGGAUUGAACUCAUUUGAGUCGAAACAAGUGUUGUAACGAUAUGCUACGAGUCCAUCAUGCCUAAGGAGAAAGCAUCCAAACGGGUCAAUUGCGAUAUUCGCUUCGACAAUAAUCCCAAUGGGAUCUUCAAAGCGGGAGAUACGGCUUCUGGAUCUAUCAGCCUUACGUUAGCGCAGCCGAAAAAAGUUAGAGGUAUUUGCUUAUUCAUAACCGGAUUCGCCGAAACUUUCUGGGAGGACAAGGUACCUCAUGGCCCCAAGAAUAAGAAAACCAAAGCGCAGUUCAAAGGUCGCGAAGACUUCAUAACGCAGAAGUCCUAUCUAGUCGGAUCGGAAACAGGAAGUCCAAUUGACCUUGCCACGGGUAACACCUACUACUACUUUCGGUUCAACAUUCCGCCAUCGGCUCCGACCUCGAUGGAGGGAAAGUACGGUCAUGUAAGGUACCUCGUCAAGGUUGCCCUUGAACGACCUUGGAAGUACGAUCAUAACUUCCAAAUGCCCUUUACCGUGUUAGCCAAAACCGAUUUCGAUGAAAACAGUUCAAAUCUGAAGAAACCCAUCAAAGUGGAAGACCAACUGAGGUUCUACUGCUGGAUUUGCAAAUCGGCUCCGCUGAUGGUAAAAGCAACGGUUCCCAAAUCCAUGUACACUCCAGGUGAUUCGCUGGACGUUCUUAUCGAAGUGAACAACCUCAGCAAGGAGGAUGUCUCCGAAAUCCUGGUGAAGUUCCAAAAAGUGGUCAAGUUCCUGAGUCAAGUGCAGGUCAUCGACAGCACCCAACUCUACGCUGAAAACAAACUGAUCAAGUACGAAACCAUUGAAAUGCAGAGGACUUCCUCGGUUGCCAAGCAAGCCAACGCAAAUUUUGAAAAGCACUUCCUCGUUGGACCGAUCACUCCUACCGAAGAACGCCAGAGCAAAAUCCUGAAAAUCGGAUACGAGAUAAACAUUCUGGUCAAGCCGAAACUGUCUCCGCAGAGGAUUCAUCUUACCAUUCCCAUCAUUAUCGGAUCGGUUGGAGCCAAAACGGAGGAAGCGCUGGAGAUUGCCAUGUCUGCAGGAGUGGCUAAGCUUGCCGAGGGUUUGAACCGGGAUCAACCAACGGCUCCUCCGCCCCCGUACGAUGAGAACCAAUCGAGUUUGUACCCGUUGAGCUCGUUGCAGCAGGCCUAUGCAAGAGAGAAUAGUAGCGAUGAGUGAAGAGAUUUUUUGAGAUUAUAAAUUAUUACAGUAUACUUUUACAUAUUGCUACACCACUAUAGGGAAUAUAUCAAAAACUGUAUUGAGGAUAGUUGCUGGUACAAGUGAAAUAAGCUUUAUCUAUAUUCUAUAUUAUGUUGAUUUUUAGUCUAGUUAUAGCAUUGAAUAACUUGGUGCGUAUAACAUAAAUUUCGACAUAAAUUAAUCA